AUUUAAUGCAAGACCCAGAACUUUAUGUUCGAAGCUUCCAAGAGGAAAUUAGCCAAAGAAACAAACGCAAAUAGCCUUAGCAAUAUCCUGAUGAUUUACGAUUGCAUGAACGACCAAGAGUCAGAAAGAUCGAGCCUCCUUCUUAGAUCAUCAGCCAGUCAUUGCUAAAGAAUCAGAGCUAUGUGUAUCACAAUCUACGUAAUCUAGACCCGACCCUCUCAAAAAUUUUACGAAACCGCUUAUCAAUUAUUAAAUCACCAGUCCAUCCGGAAGAGAUCCAUAGCGAUACAAUCAUAAUUUUUCGUACCUAGGGCAAGAUAAUAUCUUUCGCAAAGAACCCUACAAUCAAAAUCAAAAGGAUUAUGCACCUCAAAGAUAUUCACAGCAAUCUAAUGAAUAAAGAAUAAAUUACUAAAACGUAGGCAAUAUGCUUAUCGGCUAUGAUAGUUAAUAAUAGUUAAAAACCCAAACACAAUUAUAAAAUUAAUAGAUGACUCAGUCAUAAUUAUAGAAUCAAUAAGCAGCAAAUGCAUAUCCUUAAUAGCAACAAAAUUAUUAAUACCAAUAGGAAUAAUAAUUGUAAAAUUAGUAAUUACAACAAUAAUAAAUGCAAUCACAAUAAUUACAAUAAUCAUAACAAUAACUGUCAUAAUCAUAAUUACCACAAUAAUAAUAUUAAUUGUAACCAAGUCAAUCAACACAAUAAUAUUAAACAUAUUAAUUACCAUAACAAAAUAAUUAACAAAACUAGUAUUUCUCUUAAUAAUAUAAUAAUUAUUAGGCAGGAACACCAAACACUUUCAAAUUAAAAAGUGAUAGCAAUCAUCAGCCUUUCAAUUAUUACGGGUAUAUAUCAAAUCUAAUUUUAUAGUUCAAGAGCUUUAAAAAACUUAGACAGUACAUAAAUUUAUUGA